AUGCAGCAGCAGCAGGCGGCCCCGGCCUCGGCACCGGCCCCCGCUACAACCCCGGCCCCCGCCGCCUCCACACCCAGCACCAACGGCGCACAGACACAGACACAGACACAGGCACAGACCGCCGCCAACGGACAGCUGCCGCCGCCGCCUCCUCCACCUCCACCGCCACCUCCUCCUCACCCGGCCCUCGGCCUCCAGCCCGACGGCCCCGACCCCGGCACCGGCCCCGCCACCGGCACCGGCACCGGCACCGGCACCGGCCGCAAGAAGAAGCGCCUGACCCGGGCCGACGAGGACGUCAUCCGCCUCAUCGGGCAGCAUCUGCGGGGCCUGGGAUUCAACCAAACGGUGGAACAGCUGAUGCAGGAGACGGGCUGCAGCCUGGAGCACCCGUCGGCCACCAAGUUUCGCAAUCACGUGACGGAAGGAGACUGGGAGAAGGCUGAAGCUGACCUGACUGAACUCAAGUCUCUGGUGCAUUUACCUCAGGCCAUUGUGCGCAUGAAUUGCUUGGCCUCUCCGUGCAGGUACCUGAUGUGCAGCGAUGCUGAUGACCUGCGAACAAAGGCGGAAUGGGAGGGCAAGGGCAGCCUGUCACGUACAAAGCUCCUCGACAAACUCCACACGUACCUCCCGCCCUCCGUCAUGCUGCCACCCCGUCGCCUGCAGACCCUGCUGAAGCAAGCCGUGGAGCUGCAGAGGGACCGCUGUCUCUACCACAACACCAAGGCCGACACCAACCUGGACUCUGUCUCGCUGCUCAUGGACCACGCCUGCAGCAGGAGGCAGUUUCCCUGCUACACCCGCCAGAUCCUCACCGAACACUGCAACGAGGUGUGGUUCUGCAAGUUCUCCAACGACAGCACCAAACUGGCCACCGGAUCAAAGGACAACGCCGUCAUCAUCUGGCAGGUGGACCCAGAGACGCACCAGCUGAAGCUGCUGAAGACUCUAGAAGGGCACACGUACGGGGUGUCGUACCUGGUGUGGAGCCCGGACGACACUUACCUGAUCGCCUGUGGCCCCGACGACUGCUCCGAGCUCUGGCUCUGGCAUGUACAGACAGGCGAGCUGAGGACCAAGAUGAGCCAGUCGCACGAAGACAGCCUGACCUGCGCCGCAUGGAACCCCGACGGCAAGCGCUUCGUCACCGGCGGCCAGAGGGGGCAGUUCUACCAGUGUGACCUGGACGGCAACGUGCUGGACUCGUGGGAGGGCGUACGCGUGCAAUGCCUCUGGUGCCUCAACGACGGCAAGACCAUCCUCGCCUCCGACACCCACCAGCGGAUACGAGGCUACAACUUCGAGGAGCUCACCGACCGCAACAUCGUGCAAGAGGACCACCCUAUCAUGUCGUUCACAGUUUCCAGAAACGGCCGGCUAGCCCUGCUCAACGUCGCAACGCAGGGUGUCCACCUGUGGGAUCUGCAAGACCGUGUUUUACUGCAGAAAUACCAGGGAGUCACCCAGGGCUUUUAUACCAUUCACUCCUGCCUCGGAGGGACAAGCGAGGAUUUCAUAGCCAGCGGCAGUGAAGACCACAAAGUGUACAUCUGGCACAGAAAGAGUGAGCUGCCCGUGGCUGAGCUGACGGGCCACACGCGUACAGUCAACUGUGUCAGCUGGAACCCACAGAUCCCCUCCAUGCUGGCCAGCGCCUCUGAUGAUGGGACCGUGCGCAUCUGGGGGCCUGCACCCAGCCUCGACACAGACGACCCAGACGGGUGCAGCAGCAGCAGCAGCAGCAACAGCGUGGCGGACAGCUGACGCCCGGCACGGCUGUCCCGGUAACGUUCUUGCCGCGGGGGGAGCUGGGCGGCAUCGGUGCCCCCUGGAGCCGGAGACGCCCCCCCCCCCCCCCCCCCCCCCCCCCCCCCCUCCGUCCCACCCACCCACCGACCAGGCGGGCAGGGACGUCGGCAGCGUCUCUCCCCCCCC